CGGAAGAGCAUUGCUCUAGAGGCCAGCAGUCGCGUUUGCAGGCUUCACCGCAAUUGCCAUGAGCCAGACGGGGUGAGCCUUGCAGAAGGCCUGAGUCGAAUAAGUCAACACUUUGGUCUUGGUACCCAGUUUUCGUCCACAACAGCCAGCCGUUCUCUGAAGUCCCCACCGCUCAAUCGCGACAGAGAGCCAUAAACAGGCCGAGCAGCGAUAGUUACUGCAGAUGUCACUUACCGUCGAUACUCUCCGGUCAGUAAGCUACCGCCAUGCUGUUGUCCUUUCCUACAGACACUUGUACCGAACGGCCUUGCGCACCGUGAGGUAUACCAAACCCGAACGAGUCAACGUGCGGAAUAUCCUUCGAUCUGCUUUUCGAUCCGGAUCCUCAGAGGACUUCAGCCCUCAAAGGAUCAUCAAUACCAUUAGAUUCAUCGAUCGGGGCAAACAGCCAGGCACCACGGAGCGCAAGAUUUUGAAGAACUUGACACGAGUCAAUUUCUAUCGAGGCCCUUCAAUGGUGUGGAACCCACCAUUCUUCUCAAAGAAGAGAACCAACGCCGAUUACAAAUUCCGUUCAAUUCCUUACGUCCAUUUUGAUAACGCCCUACAUCUACUGAACGAAAGCUUGGAACUGUGCCUGCGAUGUUGAUGAAUCCGAUAUAGUCACAAAUUAUUGAUAGAAAGCUAUUGAC